AUGCAAUUUGAUGAAAAUGGAAAAGCUGUUAAACAAUACAUUGGAGAAGGUGAAAAUGGUCCAAUUAAUUCAUACCGUCAUAAUCCAUAUUCUUAUUUCAAUGAAGAAUUAAAUGCUAUUGAAGAGGGACCGGAUGGAUUACCACAAUAUUCUAACCAGUUUGAUGGUCAAUAUGCAAAUAUUAGACCUGAAAUUUCAGCUAAGAAAUUCUUUAAAGUUGCUUUAUUCGAUCCAGUUUUCGCAAAUGUUAAAGAUGAACUUAAACAGCAAUUCCAACCAAUUAUAGUAGCAAGAAUUGCAUCAGGGGCUUUAUCUCAAGCAUUCAAAGAUUUAAUGAAGAAACCAUUAUAUCAGCAACGAGGUUUAACUUAUGAUUUAGUUAAGGAAUCAGAUAAAAGAAAAUUUGAGAAAUCAGAUGAUUAUAAGAAUGCAAUUAAUGAAUAUAUUAGGUCUAUUAAUUACAAUGAACCAGCUAAAAAUCAACUUCAAGAACAAAUACAGGGAAUAAUAGAUUCAAAACUUCCAGCAAAAUAA